AUGGCAACCGUAGAAGAACGACACCCGGAGCUCUUCCGCCCGGUCAGCACCGAGUCCCCGCGCGGGAAGAAGAGAACCGUGCCGAUGCAGGUCCUGUGCCUGGGCUUCCCCCGAACAGGCACGUCAUGUAAGGCCCAGUCCCAACCACACCCAGGCGCCUGCCGAAACUCUAACCUUAGCCGCGGAACAGCAAUGUGCGCCGCGCUCGAGAAGCUGGGGAUCCCCUGCUGGCACUCGACAGUCUUCAUGUCGACCAACUUCGCCGACAUUGAGAUGUGGCAGGAGGCCGUCGACCGCAAGUUCUUCGGCGCCCGCGCGCCGGUCGGGCGGGACGAGUUUGACCAGCUGCUGCACUCGUACGGCGCCGUGUCGUCGGACACGCCGGCGGUCGCGUUUGCGGAGGAGCUAAUUGCGGCGUAUCCCGAGGCUAAGGUCGUGCUUGUCGAGAGGGAGGUCGAGAGCUGGCAUAAAAGUUACAUGCAGGGUGUCAUUGCGAAUAUGUUUGACCCGUUCAUCAGUCUGGUGUAUCAGCUUGACCGGUUCUACGUCCAUCCCAUUGGCAAGAUUCACCGGAGUGUAACCGGCGGGUGGCUGGAUAUCUGGAAUGUCAAAGACGCCGAGGCGAAAGCGAGACAGAAGUAUUGCGAGCACUAUGAGAUGUUGAGGAGGGUCACGCCGAAGGAGAGGUUGCUGGAGUUCGAUCUGGCGGAUGGGUGGGACCCGCUGUGCGAGUUCUUGGGCAAGGAUGUCCCUAAAGUCCCUUUCCCGCACCUGAAUGAGAAGGCCUGGCUAGACGAGAAGGUGAAGAUCAUCGCCGUCAACGGGUUGAAAGGAUUGGGCAAGAAGAUGGGGCUGAUCAUGGGACCUGUUGCCGUUGCUGGAGCGGCAUGGUGGCUGUACGGAUGA